GUUGAUUCACUUGUGAGACAGCAAAAGCCCACUCGACUUCUCUCUGCUUCUGACAUCAUGGAAGGAUGUGGAAAACGCCUUGGUGCGCCAGUAAGAAGCAGGUUUCGUCAGGCGGUUCGCAACCCGUCCCUUUCUCGGGAUUGUCGAUUGCUGCUUGUCACCAGCAAUGACUCGAUUAACUAGCAAUACUGGUUACUACCACCAGUGAUGACUACGAGAAUGUCACUAGCAGGCGACUGACGCCUGACGGUUUCAGUCGAGGUUGACUGACCGUCCAAUUCUCCAGCAUGACGGCGGUCAGUCAACCUCAACGAUACGACACCAUGGCGAUUAUGCCGACGUGGUUUUUUAGAAGUUCCAAGCAGCGGGGGUCUCGAAUCUCUGUAUCUCGAGACACGUGCGGUAUGACAUGCUGAGAGACAUGCGUAGAGUCUCCAUCAGCCAUAGCAGGCUUCGUGCAGCGGGUGUAUUUCAUUCUAAAUAUGGCCUUAACCUCAUGGCGUUGACUCGCACGUCACCAUUGCCGGAGCUUCUGCCCGGCACCGAGAUGUCACUGACAUUGCCUGAUCGAGUCAGGGUGCUUUGCGACUGAAAAAAUCCGUUCCAUAAAACUGGAAAUGGCCAGAUGUCAGCUUGAAACGUUGACGUGAUACCAGUGACGUCCAGGAAUUCUCCGUCAGCCGUCACACGAUUCUUCGUCCAACGUCACAUGAUUCUCCGUCCGUUGAGACGGCUCACACGUCACUUACAGUACGGACGUCUCAUUCCGGCGUGCGCUUACAACUGGUGGCACACUCGUCCCGGACAGGUCCUACUGUCCGCUCCUGCCGCGGAAACGUCGCUUACAAGGCCUGUCGCGCCACUAGUCAAACUCAACUUAAAGUGACUGGCGGUCAUCUCGAGGGGAGGUACUCCAACCUAUUUCAAAUCUGCAAGCUGAGAUUAAUUUCAGGGAGCUAGCUUCCAGCCCGGAGUGACAGUGAAUCCCGUCCGUGGUGCCAUCGACCGAAUCUCCUUAUGAAUGUGCAGUGUUUAUCUGCUAAGGAGAGUGGGAGUACGCACCGGCCAUUCUGCUGCGCGCGUCAUCUUUAAUUGAAGUGAAGACCCUUGCAGGCUCGACCGUCGUUUGCUACAGCUGAGAGUUCGGAGUCUCGUGAUUGCAGCAACUUCCUCGUACGAGCAAUAUCAGCAGCAAUCUCAAGAGCCGUAUCAGCAACACCAUCAGCGAUACCGUCAGCCUGGCCGCAUCAAAGAAUCUCCGCAAGGCAGCAUCAAAGCUACUCGCCAUGGCAGAGCACACCCUCGAUAUCCCUCCUGAAACUCCUCCUCACCUGCAGGACAACCACAUCAUUACCAACCCCAUGGGCUCAAACCAGCUGGAUCUGAAUCUGAACAGAGAUAUGCCGGAAGGCGCUCCUCCAACCUUCCAGGAAGCCAGUGGGUUACCAACUCGGGAUUCCUCUCCUCCACCCGUUUCACCUCGUAGUCUCGCUUCCCCGCCACAUUCACCUCCUAGCGCUGGCACGCUCUCUCCUCCCCUCUCCUCUCCUUCCCUCCUCUCCCCUCAUCACUCCACCCCCUCCUCCCUCUGCUUCCACAACAUCUCGUACUUGUCCCCAUCGGGCGCCAUCCACUGGCCUUCCUCCCUGCCAUUCCCUCCCUCUGCUCCUCCACUGUACGUUCAAGCAGCACUGCGCAAGCCAGCACUAACGAGCCUCCAAUUAUUCCUCAACACAGUCUCACUGGAUACCGUCACAAGGGAAACUCUGUGAAGCAGCAGCAGCAGCAGCGGAAUCAGCAGCAGCAGUAUCCCCAGCAGCAGCAGCGGGGCAGCAUCCUGCAGAGGAUAUCUGGGUGCGCCAAGGCGGGGCAGGUGACAGCAAUCAUGGGCGCCAGUGGGUCUGGCAAAACCUCUCUCCUCGACAUCCUCUCCCACCGCAUCUCCCUCCCAUCCACACCACAUCACAUGCCAUCACCACCACACCCAACCGCACCACAUGCCCUUCGUUCACCUUUAAGAGGAGUGCAAGGGAACCCGGAGGGAUCUCAGGAUGCAGAGGGAAUGAUGAUGAAGGAGCCUCCCACGUCCAUCUCUCUAAACGGAGCGCCUGUGAGCGCAAGCACCAUGCGGCGGGUGUCGGCCUAUGUGAUGCAGGACGAUCUGCUCUUCCCCGCGCUCACAGUGCGUGAGACCCUGAUGUUUGCUGCCGAGCUGAGGUUGCCGGCAGGGGAAGUGACGAGACAAGACAAGGAGAAGAGAGUCAACGAUCUGAUGCGCCUGCUGGGGCUCACUCGAGUGGCAGACUCCCGGAUUGGAGACGAGAACAGAAGGGGUGUAUCAGGUGGCGAGCGCAAGAGGGUGGCAAUAGGAGUGGAGAUGGUGGGAGACCCCAUGCUGCUGUUUUUGGACGAACCCACCUCGGGCCUGGACUCCACAUGUGCAUUUCACGUAGUGAAGGCAGUCAGGGACGUGGCCAGGCUCAGACAGAGCAUUGUGCUCAUGGUGCUGCACCAGCCCAGUUUCAGGGUUCUCAAUCUCCUGGACAACCUCAUCCUGCUUGGAUCCGGGCAUACAAUGUUCUCAGGCUGCCCGUCCGAGCUGCCAGGCUACCUCACGGAUUUUGGCUGCCCGCCGCCGCCCUAUUCCAACCCUGUGGAAUUCGCCCUUGACCUGAUCCAGUCGCUGCAAAAGGAAGGGGAGCAGGAUGGGCAGGAAGGGGGGCAAGAACUUCAGGAAGUGAGACUGAAGCGAAAGGGAUUGCAGGAUGGACAGGCAGAGGCGACAGGGGAGGUGAAGGAGCAGACGCAAGCGAAUGGUGGUGCUGGGACACAUGGCAUCCAGCGGUUGGCCGAGUUUCACAGGGAAUGGGUGGAAAUUCGGUCCAGGGGAGCUGGAGUGAAGGCAGUGACAGGCAAACCGGGAGAAGCAGCUGAGCAAGACGAUGGGCUGGGUGAACAAGAGGGAGGAGGAGAAACCCAACCAUCUGCACCCCAUCCGUCCCUCUCUUCUGUCUCCCUCUCCUCUGUCGGGGGGCUGGGUGAAGGCACGAUUAGUAGCCUUGGCGGUUUAGGAGGGUUAGGUAGAGACGGAGGCAGGAGCCGACGCAACAGUGGGUCAGAUACUGCGUCGCUGGAACUGGUUACCAGCUCCAGUAACAAAAGCAGCAUGAGUACCAGCAGCAGCAGCACGAGUGUCGACAGUGCCAGCACCAGCAGCAGCAGCACUGAACAGAAGGAGCAAGAGAAGCAGGAGGAUGAGCUGAUGAUUGAGAAGGGAGAGAAAGAGGAGCGGAGGGAGCAGGGGAGUGAGAGGAGGCAGGGCAAGUAUGCGAACGGGUGGUGGCGGGAGCUGUGGGUGCUGACAGCGAGGUCAGCUAUUGUCAUCCGCCGUACCCCAGCGCUGUACCUGCUGCGCCUGCUGCUUAUCAUGAUAACGGGGCUGCUUACAGCGUCGCUCUUCUGGCACCCUGAAUACAACACACGAGGAGUGCACGAGCGCCUGGCGUUCAUCGCCUUCCUCGCAUGCACCCUCUUCUUCUCCUCCGGGGAUGCCACCCCGCUCUUCAUACAAGAGCGCAACAUAUUUGUGCGGGAGACCACGCACAACGCGUACCGCCCGUCCACCUAUUUGGUCGCCUCCACCCUCGUGUACCUGCCGCUGCACCUCCUCAUGGCCCUCGCCAUCACUCUCGAGGCCUGGUGGUGCCUCAGCCUGACUGGGGGAACGGCUGGGCUGGCUUUCAUGGUGCUUGUGUGCUUCUGCUGCCUCUUCACGGGGAAUGCCAUUGCCACCUUCGUCAGUGCCACGGUCAACAAUGUGAUUCUCGCCUAUGCCGUUGUCAUCACGGUUCUGGCCAACUUUGCCCUUGUUUGCGGGUUCUAUAUUGAGCGGGCCAGCAUCCCCCCUUACUGGCUCUGGCUACACUACAUCUCUCCUCUGAAAUACGCUUAUGAAGCGCUUGCUCUUAACGAGUUUGAUCGGGAGACCGCGCUCUGCUACCUCACCGCACGCGAUAUUUACUCCUCUACACCGCUUUCAAUCCUGCUCGAUGAAGUGGAUGUUCAGAGGUCACUUGUUGCACUGCGUCCUGCUUUGAUCGGCUCUCCGUUUGCUGCAUUGUCAACAUCCACAUGCCUUCAGAUUGGUCCGGAGCUGGCAGCAUAUUCUCUGGGCCUGACACAGCUUGACAAAUGGCAGUGCGUGGCUGUUCUCUUGGGCAUUGGGUUCGUGAUGAGACUUGCUCAUUUCCUCCUAUUGACAAGGCUUUGUUGCUCUACACGCCAUUGAUGUGAUGGCCCAACAGGUCCAGGAAUUGUCAUUAAUGGUCGUUUUGUUUGAUGGCUAUGUGAUGUUAUGCAGUGUGAUGUUAAUUAAAGGCAUUUAUGCAG